UAACAAGACGAACUGGGAAGGAGCGAUUUGCUACUGUUUCCAAAGCACAAGGAUCAAGUUCAGACCUCUCCGAUGUGUUUUAUGAUGAUCCACUGCAGGGAUUGAACUCCUCUCUUUGGGAAAACACUUCAGAAGGUGAAAGGUUGAUGUGCCGUCAUGUGGAGGGGGGAACAAGGCCCGCAGGCUUUUCAGGCCCCUGUUGAUGUUCACGCCAGUGCAGAUGGACAGGUGUACAUGUUCAAGAGGAGGACAAAUGAGUCUGCUGGAUCCUCAGAUGAUGAGGAGCUCAGUGUUGUGGAGGCAAGGCAGAUGAAGCAAGACAACCUGAGGAACGUCCAUCUGCUUGAGCGUGAGGUUUUAGUUGGCGAUAACCUCAACAAGCUUGCACUGCAAUAUGGCUGCAAGGUUGCAGAUAUAAAGCAGGUAAACAAUCUUAUGCAAGAGCAAGAUUUGUUUGCGCUGAAAUUAAUCAAGAUACCAGUUCAGAAACACAGCUUUUUGACAGAAACAUUCUCAGAACAAAGUGAUCUUCAAAAAGAAGUGCCUCGUUCCUCUCCUUCACCAGUUGAGCCACGCCUGCAGGAAGCCACAGACUUUCUAAUGGAAGUAGACAAUGAUAUUGAGAAACUAAUCCAGACCACACCUGAACAUGAAGAAGAUUUCUCUGAGAACGGAAAGAGAUGGAAAAGGUGCGGUUUUGGACGACGACACGUGGCAAGUCAUGGGGCGGACUGGGGAAUCCAGUGGUGGAACGCCUUAAUAGCCAUGCUGUUAAUAGGGAUUGUCCUGCCGUUAUUUUAUUUAAUUUACUUUAAAACUAAGGACAACGGAGUAGUUUCCUCAACUGUUUCUCAGUCAACCAUCUCCUCUUCUAACACAACAGAGACGUACAUUGGUACAAAAGGAGCGGAGCAAUUUCAUGAUCCUGGAUAGAGCCGGCGAAAAAAAAUCUAGAAACAUUUAUUUAUACUAAGUUUUGGUGUGAGAGCUUGGUGAAAAUCUAACUGAAGCCAAAGUGCUAAACGUUUUCGCUUAAGGAAAACCUGUGUCUGAAUACUAGCAGUAAACUUUAAUUAAAUUAAUUCAAUAAAACGUUGAUUCGUUAACAAUAUGUUUAACCCCUUGCAGAUUUCUUCUGUUUCAGCUUUUUAACUAAUUUUUCAGAUGUCAGAAAAAAAGACUUAUCAGCAAAUAUGAAAUAUGCUUUUCAAAUUAUUCCAUUUGCUAAAGGAAAAAGCUUUCCAAACCAACUUGGCCCUAUGUGAAAACAGGAUUGACCCUAAACUUAGUAACUGGUUAUGUCACCUUUGGUGGGAACUGCCAUCAAGCAGUUACAAGAAUGUUCAUGUUAGUUUUUUUAUAAUCGCUGUGGAGGAAAUUUGUUCAACUCUUCUGUACAGAAUUAGUUUUUAAAGAAUUCAGGUUUUUUGAGCCAUUCAGAGUUGGACUUGCUAGUGCGCUUUGAAUAAUUGUCCAAGUGUGCUUGAGGUUAAUGUCCUGAGCUGAUGGCAGACAUUCUCCUUCAGGAUCUUCUAGUGUAGAGCAUAAUUUAUGAUUCCAUCAGUAAUGGCAAAGCGUUCAGAUCCUGAAGCAGCAGAGCCACCCCCCACAGAACAUCAUACCACCACCAAAAUAGCUCUGUAACCCUUUCCGGAUUUUUACAGAUCUAUGCUGUCAUGAUGAACCUUAUCUGUUAAUAAGGUCUUUACAUCAACACAUGAGGUGGUGCUCUCUGAGAUCCUUUAGUCUACCUUAUGUUGUCGGACAGUUUCUACUUGAGGUAUUUCUUCAUUCUACAGGUCGGGCAGUAAUCAGGCCUUGGUGUGGCUUGUAAAAUUGAGCCAAAACAAAUAUUGAUAACAGGAACCUUGUUAUUUAAUGAAGGGAAGAAGUUAUAUUUUCACAUAGCUGGUUUUUAUAUAUUUUUUCCCUUUGUAAAUGAAAACAUUUUUUAUAAGACCUUUUUUUUUUAAAUCAGGUUAUCAUUGACAUUAGGAUUGUUUUAACAGUUUGCAAUAUAUGGGUGUGACACAAAAGCAAAAACAAUACAUUUGUAUUGGGUCAAUCAUGAAGCUUGAUGCAGAUGCAUUAACUCUAAAAAUUAAUUUUAAAUCCUUCUUACAGCUUUAUAACAUAAUUACGAACAGGUCUUCUUAUCUCAGGUGAAAUGUUUAGGUCUGUUUCCCUACAGUAAGAUAUGAACCUUUUUUUGUCAAGUACAAUAAAACUUGCUGCUGUUUUGUUCAGUUGUCAGACCCACGCAAGGCUGAACUAUAAAAAAAUGUUGUUUGUUUGUGCUCAUUAUUUAGUUGCCAUCAUGCACCUCAUAACUUAUUUGUCCAUAGCCUGAUGGUGCUUGAAGUGUGCUUGUUUACAGUAACAAAGUGGUGCUAUAUACUUCUACUUGUAUCUUUACCUUAUACCCUACUACAUUUAAAUCAUGUAGUACUACAUGUGAAAGGGUAUCUUUUUUAAAUGUGGCUGAAGACGUCUUUAUGUGCUUUUUGUUGAAUUUAAACAGGCUGAACAAAAUCCACAAUGAACAGGAGUUUAGUUUCCCUGUUUGGUUCACAUUUUGAGGUCUGCAGUGUUUUAAUGUGAGAACGCUGUAAAAAUUAGGUUGACAUCUUUAAAUAUGUCAACUUGUAAGCAAAUUGGAAAACUGACUUGUGUGAAAGUAUUUUUUGUUUUCUGCAUGAUCCAUAUUAAAUUCAUACUGAAAGUGG